AUGACAAGGCUGGUAGCGGUGUGCUACCGGUCACACACCGCGGCGACCACAUCUGUCCAGGGCGUUUGGCCCAAUGCACGGUUUUCAACGAACACCUAUCAUCGUGCUACGUUUCGCGCUCGAGCGCCUGCCCUGCGCUGCUUCGGCGCUUACAAGCCGCGUUGCCGCCAGAUUGUCCUGACAGACGCGCGGAUCAAAGGGCUGGGCAGGGAGAUCGCGGAUGAAUAUGCCUUCUUGAAGGACAGAUACAAGACACCAAGAUACCCCGUCGUGCUGGCCCAUGGCUUGUUGGGUUUUGCUGAGCUGCGGCUUGCGGGCUCUUAUUUGCCCAGUAUCCAGUACUGGCGUGGCAUCAAGGAGGCCCUGACCACCAACAACUGCGAGGUCAUCACCGCCCAAGUGCCACCAAGCAGCUCGAUUGAGAAGCGCGCCGCCAAGCUCGCCGAGGACAUCGUUGCCCAAGCACAAGGCAAGAGCGUCAACAUCAUCGCCCACAGUAUGGGCGGGCUCGACGCCCGCUACAUGAUCUCGUGCUUGCAGCAUCCGGGCGUCGACGUCAAGUCGCUCGUCACUGUGGCUACCCCGCACCAUGGCAGCCCGUUCGCCGAUUACAUGCUUGAGCUGAUCGGUCCGCGGUACCUGCCGCGUCUGUAUAAGUUGUGGGAGCGCACGACUGGUUGGGAGCCCAGCGCGUUUGCCCAGCUGACGACUACGUAUAUGACGGAGGAGUUCAACUCACGGACCCCAGAUGACCCGGCUGUGCGUUACUUUUCUUAUGGGGCCAUGGUCAAAGACCGGCCGCCGUUGCUAAGCCCCUUUCGACUGUCGCACCGCGUCAUAGAGGAGGUUGAAGGCCCCAACGAUGGGCUAGUGAGUGUCGAGAGCAGCAAGUGGGGUGUUUACAAGGGAACAUUAUUAGGUGUCAAUCAUCUGGAUUUGAUCAACUGGAGCAAUAGGUUGCGGUAUACCGCGCAGAAGUGGAUGGGCCGUCCACCGACAUUCAACGCUAUCGCAUUUUACUUGGACAUCGUUGACAUGUUGGCCAGAGAGGGCCUGUAG